GUCGACGAAUAUUUCGAUGGAAUUUUGGUGAUGGAAGGGGACGCAGCGAAGUUAUCAAUCGAGGAAUUCUAUCAAGUUACACCAGCUGGUAAACUUCAAGCCGCCGAUGUUCUUCAUAGACAUCCAGAGCGAAUUGCAGGUUCCAAUAAAAUCACUCCAAACUUGGAGAAUAUAUGCAGUCAUGAUUCCGCAGCACCUGGAAGUGCUCAUGCAGCUCCUAUACCCAGCACCACCGUCACACCAGUCAGUCAAAAAUCACCACAUGUCAAACGAGCCAAAUGGCAUUUGGGUAUCAGGAGUCAGAGUCGACCAGAAGACAUUAUGUAUGAAGUUUUUCGUGCUAUGAAGACCCUUGAUUUCGAAUGGAAAGUGCUCAAUCCGUAUCAUGUGAUCGUUCGCAAAAGGCCUGAAAGUCCAACCUAUGAGCCGCCGAAAAUGAGUUUGCAAUUGUAUCAAGUUGAUCAGAAGAGUUAUCUACUCGAUUUCAAGAGUUUAGUGGAUGAGGAAAGUGGUAAUCUUUAUUUUGCUAGUUCAUCGCGACAUGCGUCUGUUUCGAUGCCUGUGAAACCGUCACUACGGGCUAGCCGUGCGCAGUCACUACCAAUGCCUAUGGAGGUCGACCAAACACCACCACCUUCGCCAACAGUAACAAAGCAGUCGCAAACAAUGCAAUUUUUCGAGAUGUGUGCUUCACUAAUCGGGACUUUAGCGCGUUGA